GGCCUGGGCCCCGCCCUGGCGGCCUCGGUCUCGCCGAGAGUCUGCGGGCGGGGAGGGGCGGGACGGGGACCGGGGCGGCGGCCUGGGCGCUGGAUCGUGCGGCCGCGAGGCCCGACGCCCCGCUGAGCGCUGCGCAGCCGCCCUCCCGGCAGCCUGCAGCGGGCUCGGUGGGAAGAGCCUGGAGACCAUUCAUCAAAGAGUUUGCAUCCAAGAGCUGAAAGUCUGUUACCCAAGAUGAUGAAUGCUGACAUGGAUGCAGUUGAUGCUGAAAAUCAGGUGGAACUGGAAGAAAAGACUCGACUUAUUAAUCAGGUGUUGGAACUUCAACACACACUUGAAGAUCUUUCUGCAAGAGUAGAUGCAGUUAAGGAAGAAAAUCUGAAGCUAAAAUCGGAAAAUCAAGUUCUUGGACAGUAUAUAGAAAACCUCAUGUCUGCUUCUAGUGUUUUUCAAACAACUGAUACAAAAAGCAAAAGGAAGUAAAGGGCUCACCACCCUUGCUUCUGUGGAGUUGCUGCUUUCUUUCUUUUUUUUCCCUUAAUGCUUGGAUUUGAUCCAAAAGUUACAGUAUCUUUGUUUGCUUCCCUGAGUAUUUAUAAAGAGAAUGUGAGGUCUAGGUAAUGCUAACUGCUUAACAGGACCAACCGCCCCUGAGUUAACGUUAUAUGUAUACGUUAGUCUAUGGAAAUGUGCACAUGUAGAGACUUUAUAAUUAGAAUUACAGAUAUUUAUGAAACUUGAAGAUGAAUGUUUUGCCAAUUUGCUUAUAUAUAUAAUAGAUAUAUGUUUAGCACUGUCUUUUAUCACAUGCCUAACUAGUAAAAUAUACAAGAAAACAACCAUGUUGUGAAAAAGUGACCAAAACAUGUACUGAAUGCACAGCUUCUGUACCUUGUCCACCAUCUUGUGCCUCUCUCCAUCUGCCUCUUCCUUCCUGUGUCCCUUCCUGACAGUAACUUCAAUAGCUAUCCCCUAAAAAGUAACCUGAACCGUAAUUGUUGACACUUAACCAAAAUAAGAUACUUUCUUAGCUAAUGCUUGCCAUUUGUGAUAUUUCUAAUAAGAUAGGAUUGCUGGUUUCUCUUUAAUCAAUUGAAAAUAGAUUAAAGCUAUUAAAAAAUGAAGGUUUUCUUUGAAAUGUAAACUGUCACAUUGAGAAGCUAAAAACUUCCUUUUGCACAUAAUGGCUCAAUUGGUGUUGAAAAGAUAAGUGCUGGUCAUAUAUGUUUGAAAAAUAAAAAAUCUUGAGGAAAGAUAGAAACGGAGGAAAACUGGAUAAUCAGAAGUAACCAACUCCCAAUGUUUUCCCUCCAGAUGUGCAUUACCUCUGGCCCACAGCUGCACUUUUCAGACAGUAAAUGAAAGCAGACUAAGUCUGAUGUAAGUGGAUUAAGCCACAUGCCAGAGAGACCAUUUAAGAGUUUGGUCUCGUUUGUUUGUACCCAGGAGGUGAACUUUUGAAAAAUUAAUUGAGAGUAUAUUAGUAUCAGAAUCAUGAAUAUAAGAGAGUUUUGUAUAUGUGAUAAUUGUUAAUGUUAGUAUUUUAUCUCAGUUGUUUCCCCAGAAUUUCUGUAAACUUGGCUGCUUGGUUUGCAGAAUUAUAGUCAUUCUUGUAACAAAUUUAAAAACUUUAGCUUGUAGCUUCCAUUUGAAAAAGGAGUUGAUAUCAGAAAUAAUAAUAAAAUGUUAUAUUAGGAAAGAUCCGCUAAUGCACCUGUAGGUCUUAGAUUGGGCGGCUUUGACUGGUGGAAUCAGCUACUGUAUUAGUAGAAGCCUUGAUGAGUGAUGUUAGCUAUAUGGACAUGUAAUCCUUACAUUGCAGACAUUUUGCAACCCUUUUGUGACCUUGUUACAAAUAUUUAAAAUUGUGUUCAAGUUCUGCUUCGCUGUUUAAUAAAAAGCUGUUUCAGAG